CCUAUUGGCAGCCAAGAGCAGAACCACUGUGUUGCCCAGGCUCCUUUUUGAGACUCCAGGCAAAGUAAUUCUCGGCUAGGAAUGCCAGAUCCUCCACCAUUUUCUUGCAGAGCUCGGCUGCAAAGCAUACGCAGAACACAAACUAAAAUUCAGGGUCUUUCCUGCUAUUUCCUUUCACUUCAAGACAUUCACCAGCAUGUGGCCUGCACCACGACGAACAGCGAGUGGUGACUGAAGGAAUGCUUUCUUCCUGUGUCCCUGGGGUCCCCCGCAGUUUCCCUGUAGAACAGAGUUGCUCAGUCUCAGACUUACUGAGACAUUGAAUGGGAUGGUUCUUUGUUGGGAUUUUCCUGUGCACUGUAGGUGUAGGAUGUGUAGCAGCAUCUGUGGCCACAACCCAUCCAUCCGCAUGUGCAAGUUGUUAAAAAUAGUCCAAAGUCAAUGAAAUUGUAACCUGAGGGUUUUUUUCUGAGCAGUUAUUUUAUAUACACUGGAGACCAUUCGUCGUGAUUCCAGAAAAAGCAAAUGACUUGAAGAAGCUAGAACGUAAUGAUGCUUAAGAAGAGAAGAGGAGGGAGCAAUAGAGAGAUCAACCAUGGUCUAAUCUUAAUGUAUUUGAACACUGCCCUGCCCCUUUUCCUGAGCUCAACUCAUAUCAGGUCACAAAAUGAUGCUGGCCCUCCAGCCAGUUAUAUCUUGUUAAAUUCAAGUUUGGUAAACCUGGCUUCUAACAGGAAAUAAAGGAUUUACAACUUGGGUGGAAGAAAAACGGCUGAAGGAUUAAAUUGGGUCCAGGAUUAUCUAAAAGUGAAUAUUUGCUUUUGUGGGUAAGGAAGCCCACGAAUCACAACAAGAUAUCUACUCCCAGUUUCAUGCUCUGACACCACUAAGUGCCCGCCCCCCACCCCAUCCCCCAACUGGGACCAUCAGAAAUGUCUGCAGAUAGUGCCCAAUGUCCCCUGGAGCACCACAGUAGGUCACUAUUGGGAAUCACUGUCCUGCAAAUGCCAACCCCAUUAUCAAUGUAAUUCAGAGCAAAGCUUUUAGAUGUAAUGGAAAACUGAAAACAACAACAAAAAACCCAGUAGCUUGAGCAAACGAGUUUAUUUUCCUGAAUACAUCCAAGCAGUGCAUCUGCAUUGUAUGCAGUACCAAGGGGGAAGGUUUAGUCUUGUCUCUCUCCUGGCCUUCUACUCCAUUCGGACUCUCAGCAGCCCAACAGGACAGGGUAGGACUGCCCCUGUGGGUUUCCAAGACUAACUCUUUCUGAGAGGAGAAGCCUCAUCUUCCUCGGAGUCUUCUCUCUAGACUUAAAAAGCAUAACGUGGGAAGGGCCCCUCUUCUCCCAGAUUUUUUUCUGACACGCUCAUGUAUGUAGCAGGGUAGGUUGCACAUUGGUCUGCUAACUCCAGUUGGCACCCACUGGCCGAGUGUGGGAGUCAGACGAGGCUGCGUGUUCCCAUGAAGAAGCCCUCGGGCGCGGCUCUGCUCUGUCUGCGGUCCUUUGGCUGCUGUGAGUCGAUGACAGCGGCUGUUUGUUUUACUUCUAAGAGAACCUAGAGACUUGGGUAAGUUAGGGUUCUAAGUUCUACAGCAGCACUGCCCAAAAGAUCUUUCUAUGAUGCUGGCAUUGCUAUUUGCCCUAAUAGGCUGUCCAACCACGCAAGCUAAACUGUUGAAAUGUGACCACCAUGGAUAAGAACAGAAUUUCUAAUCAUAUUUAAAGAUCAACACACUUAUAUGGCUAAUAGCUCACAUAUUGAACAGCCACAGACGAGGACGGGACACUGGGAGAUCAAGGGCCUUGCCUGUGGUCACGUCCCUAGGACGGUGUAUUGAAGACUAUGUCUGGAAGCUUCUACUUUGUGAUUGUUGGUCACCAUGAUAACCCUGUGUUUGAAAUGGAGUUUUUGCCGGCUGGAAAAGCAGAGUCCAAAGAUGACCACCGGCACCUGAAUCAGUUCAUCGCCCACGCCGCUCUCGACCUCGUCGACGAGAACCUGUGGCUGUCCAACAACAUGUACCUGAAAACCGUGGACAGGUUCAACGAGUGGUACAUCUCGGCAUUUGUGACGGCCGGCCAUAUGAGAUUCAUCAUGCUCCACGACACGAAGCAAGAAGAUGGGAUAAAGAACUUCUUCACGGAUGUCUAUGAACUGUACAUAAAGUUUGCCAUGAAUCCGUUUUAUGAACCCAACUCUCCCAUUCGAUCCAGCGCAUUUGACAGAAAAGUUCAGUCUCUUGGGAAGAAGCACCUUGUGAGCUGAGCGGGGAGCAAGCCAUCCUGACAUGGACAGCAUUGCCACACCGGUGGCCUCAGGAAGGUGGGCGUUGUAAGUCAUGUGAUUAAAUCCCCUGGGAGACGGUUCUCUGUGGUAGUCUGUUUCCUAACCCUCACGGAACUAUGCUUCUAUUUAGCGUAUUGCAUUUCCUGUCACUGAGCAGCCAAUCAGGAUUUCCUUGUCAAUGAUAUUUUGCUAAGAGUACUUUAUCGAUCAGAUUAAAGUACCUGAAAAAUUAAGAGUUAACGCCUUUUUAAACAUCAAGAAUAAGCUUUUGACUUACCAAAAGCAAAUAAAAUAGCUCCAUCUUGAUUUAACAACUCCCAAACAAACGUCAGAGACAAGAUGUGAUACAGAGUCCAAAGGAAAAGCUUCCCCCGUAGGGAGGGAAGCAGACGCAGACGUCUGGCACCCCUGGGGGCUGAUGUGCACCUGGGAUGAUGAUGCGGAAGCAUGGUGGCCGUGUGCAAAGCAUUCCCCACCAAGCCAACUUCAGAGGCUGUUGUGAAGUUUGGUGUCCAGUGUCACCUGCCUGCUGUUUGUCCUGAAUAAGACCAAGAUCGUGCUAUAAAUCUAGAACGCUGGCUCCUUGUUUGUGGGUGCUUUUACCACUUUAUACUUACAUCAUCUCUCUAGGAUUUUCUAUCCCACAGACAAUGAGCUAAGGAUUGAGAGAACCUGUUAGUUGCUCUGCCAGUUAAAUUAGGCAGGUAUUUUAGAGCUGCAAAGAUUGGACUCCGUGUAUGGAUUGAGAUAACAGUUGUAUGAGCCCCUAAUAAAAUGUUUAAAAAGAGAAAAAA